AUGAUUUAUCUAACGUACCUGAAAACCAGCCAUUUUAACCUUAAGUCUAACGAUGUAGAACCAAUGCUCAAUAGUGAUAAUGGGGCUGUAUUCCUUUUGAGGGGCUCGUGUAGUUCGGACUUUUUGGUGUAUACAAAUAAAACGUACAAGGAGAAGUAUCUAGAGCAUGAUGUGUCAUGCUGCAGAACGAAUGUGAGUUCCCUGUGUACGAGAGAAAAGCAAAAGCAGAUGAAUAUGCAAACGACACAGAGCACUCAAAAUGAAGAAGAGGACGAAGAGGACAUACCAACAGAAAGAAAUGAAGUGACCUCCACUUUAAAUAACAGGGACAGGCAUUUUGUUAAGUACAAAUCUGAACCCAAUUCUUGCAGAGCCCAACAGCUGAAAGGUACACUUAACAAAAAGAUAAGUAAAAUAAAGGGAAAAAAAAAAAUAACAAAGCAGGACAAUCGAUCGAACAGAAAGCACCAAUUGUUAACCAUUAAAAACACUUUUAAAGGAAAAAUAAUUCUGAACAAUGAAAAAUGGGAAAAGCUUAUUCCUAGAAACUGUUCGAAAAACGCUAAAAGGGGAUUCAUGAAGGAGAGAAAAUUAAGAAAAAAGGUACACGCAUUCGAGAAGGAGAUUUUCCUUAACACUGUAGAAAAUUUCCUAGCCUUACGAAACAGUGCACUUUAUCUCAAGAUAGCUUGUGAAAAUUUUUUUAAAUUUUGUAAGGACAACCUAGAAUCUAGCACUGCACAAAAGUGUCUACCUAGAGUCCGUAAGGACAGGGUCUCAAAAGGGGGCGAACGCUCUGUGGACAUAUUAGACAACACUGAAAAGUAUCCUAUAGGCUAUUCUCCAUACCUCAAGUGUAUAGAAUAUAACACUAAAUGCACAAAGAGGGAUGAAGGAAGAAGGUUAACUGUUCGCAUUAAAAAGAAGGUUGUCAAAAUGGAAUAUUUUACAUGCACAAAAAGAAAUAGUCAAGCAAAUGAUCGAGGUAAAAUGGGGCCAGUCAUCUCAAAAAAAGCACAAUCAAACUCUUCAUUUCACAAAAGAAAUAACACAAAGGAUAUGAGAUUCGGGCGACCGAACAAGGAAUCAUUGAUCGUAGUACACCAAGUUGUCAUGGAUGUGUAUAAUCUAGACAUGCAUUAUCAAGUCAACUGCAUGGAACCGUGCAAAGGAACCCCGUCGUUGUGUGUCCUUUUUCUUGAGUGCUGUCUCCUGAAGUAUAAUUUUGCUACCACGAACUGCAGCACCAAGUUGAGAAGUAUUCCUAAUGUAAACCAAAAUAAACAAAAAAAUAAAAUAAAAAAAAACAAAAAGAAGAAAAAAACAAAUAAGAAUAAGAAAGAAAAAACAGAAACCAUCGCAGACGUAGUAGACUUCCUAAACCACUUGAGCAGUGCCGUCCCCCAAAUAAAAAACAACAGAAGUUUUAUAUCGUUAGCAAUUUCAACAAUUAUGUGUAAAACAUAUAAUGUACGCGGCACCAUUAUGGAAUUUUUCAAUUCCACAAACAAGAAGUACCAUGGCAUAUGUCCAAUCGGAAUCGCAAGGAUAAUAAGCAUACCAUAUUGCAUGCAAAGAGACACCCAUCAAUGCAUACGAAAUGAUGUUUACUACGAAUUGUACCAAGCAAUUUAUUUAGGACGUCAUUGCUAUGUGAUAUUUCAGAAGGCAAUUAUAAGUAGCUUCUGUAGUAUAACUCAUCAGCAGUCAUUUUUGUGCGUACAAAAUUGCCUAGAAAAUUGCAUCACAGAAAUGGGUCCUUCGUUCUGCCAAAAACAACUAUCAACAUUCGCCAUCUUUAGAGCUGUUUCCAAUGCAAUCUCCAUCGCUACCACAGUGAGCAACAAAUUACCCUUUCCAAAACUCUUAUUUUUCAGAAAAUACAAAAUUCUGGUUACACAAUAUCAGAAUAUCGUCAAUUAUGCAAUUUUUUUUCUUCAUCUAUGUGAACAUAUCAUUACUCAUCAUUUUAAAAAGAGAAAAAUUCUGCUACGCACGAAAGAAAAAAUAAGUUUAUUACUCUACUACUUUGGAGAUCGACAUGGGCUUGUGAAAUACCAGCGCAAACAUUUUUUUCAUCAUAUCUGUAGAAAACGUUGUAGUAAGCAGGAAAAGUAUUGCCAAAGAGAGUUUCUAAACUGGUUGUCUGAUCAGAAACUCGAAGGUAUCAAAUCUGAAGUGGAAAUAAAUUUUGCAACAUAUUUGCAACAUUUCAAGGAUAAAAAGGGGGAGACAGAAAAGUCGCAUCAUUGUGUACAUCAAAACGAAAUGUUUCCUCAUCAUCAGAAUAACCCACGCAGUUCUUUAAGUCAUCAUACUAUACUGUAUUACGCAAUGAAGAAGCUAAUUCUCUACUUUUGCCACUACCUUGUUGCUCCAUCUGAUACCAUAAUAAAAUAUAGGAAUGUUUGCAAAAAGAGGCAUAAGUUAAAGAAGCCCAGCGCAGGUGCAUCAGAAUGCAGUAAAAACUUCUUGCACAUACAUGUUAUACAUACGUUUACUGAUUUCCUCAAACGCGAUUUUGUGAAAUUAGCAUAUGCUCGAAAGAGGCAGUGGUCUAGCUUCCACGCCCCUUCUGAUCGCAAUGCAAAUAGUAUCUAUAGCAGUUCCAGUGGAAGCUCCCGUGGUAGUACACACGAGAACAGCCUCAAAAAUCGAACAGACAUAGACAUAAGCCUUCAUGCAAGACAACAAAAAAACGAAGUGGUUUACAUCCACAACUGCACGCUUAAAUCUGAAGAAAGGGGGAAAAGAACAUGCACAAGUGAUAAUACACAAGGUGAUCAUACACAAAGGAACAAAUCGAAUAAUUCCCACCCACGGAUAUGGGAUCGAUCAGAAGAUAGACACUCUAAAUAUUUAAAAUUCCAAGUGAAAGGAAAAUUAACCCUCCACGUCAUGCAUCGAAGCGGCAAUCACAAAAAACAUUCAGGUAGCAGCGAUGAUAAUUCAACCAAUCACACACAUAAACCGAAUGGCAGCAGAAGAAAUAUCGCCAAAAUGAAUCCUAACGGUGGUGACCAUUAUUACAUAGAAAAAGAAAGUUUCACUAAACUUCACAACAACGUGGUUAGGGGGACUGAUCAGAUGGAAAACAAAAUGAACUACACGCGAAACUACACACACCCACAUCUCAACAAUUGUAUGAAUAAUAGACAUAUAGAAAAUUAUUCCAAUACGAGCAUAAUCAUUAUUAGAGAUCAGUUAACCCGUUCUAUAGAGCCACGUAGAUACCAUAGAAGCUUCUGCACCGGAUGUCAAAACAUUUUACACCAUAAUAUGAACCAUAUGAGUUCCUGCCACAAUGGGCACCAAAUAAGAUGGCAAAAAAAUCCGAGUAGUUUUAUGCGCAGAGAAAGGUAUAUGCACGGACAUGGAAACUACGGUUGCGGAAAUGGGUUCAAUAGCUAUUGCCGCAGCAACUAUGGCUGUUACUUCCAUAGUAGCAACCCCCAUAGAGGCUACCACCAGAAUGGUUACCAUCAUAACGGCUACUGCUACAACUGUUUCCUCCAUAACAGCUCCCAAAACUGCUAUUGCCGUUAUCUGAACAGCCCCUACCCCAGCAGCAACAACUUUAUGGGAAGAAAUAGUCACCUUCCCCAGUACGGCAACAGCAUUUUCCUUAAAAGUAGCGAACUCUCGAAGAAAGAAAAAAAGGACAUCAUCUACUACUUCAACGUUUUUUUCAACAACACGAAUAACAGCUAUUUCAGCAGAACCGUCGACAAAAACAAAGAAACAAACUGCACCCACAGGUACACCAAGCCUCAUCAAAAUAAUGGCCCACCAAAUUAUUAUACCAUCCCCAACGGCGUGUAUAUCAUUAAUAAUAACAAUUUGAACAAACAAAAUAAAUUGUGUAAAAUUUGCAAAAACCGAAGUGUGAGCGAAAAUCAAGAUUAUUCCCCUAUCAACAGGAUUGACAACUCAUUUGAGGCAAUUUCGAGUAUGAAAAAGGACCCAAACGUUCAUAAUACUAAUGGAGGAGUCCCUGUUAACAACUACUUAAAGAAAUCUCGCUCUGACGAACAGUACCCAUCCAAUAAGGCCUUAAACAACGAAACGGAUAGAGGAAUGCUCCCACGGAAUUGCAAGGGUAAUUUGCCAAACGGGAAUACGCACGUUUUAAAUAAGAGCAGUGUAUUGAGUGGCUACAGAAACUGCAAUAAUGUGAACCUAAUUACGAACAUCUUCUGCAUGUGUGGGGCCAAGAUCGACGUUGGCGACAACCAGGAUAGUGACAGACAAGGCGGCAACAACCAAACUGGUCAUAACGAACGUGCUGAUAACGAAGGCGGCGGUAAGGACGAAGGCAUUGACAACCAACGCGACAAGGAAGGCAAUGAGGGUGACAAAAAGAGCGGUGCAGACAACAGCAGCAACGGUAACAACAAGAACAAAAACAACAGCGAGCGAAGCGGCAGAGCAAACGGUGACAACAGCAACGACAAGAACAAGGACGACGAUAACGAACGGAAGGGAAAUGACCAAAACAGAAGGGGCUUCAAUGAGCACAACACGUGCAUUACUACAAGAAAAAAGAAAAAAAGCAAAAAAAAAAAAACAGAAAAAAGAAUGAUCAGUUAUCAGCAUAAAAAUAUUCAAAAAAGAAGUAUGCUGAAUUCUAAGUGCACUAAAGGUGGAAAAAAAAAAAAUAAUAGAUUCUCCAAGAGCAAAGAAGAAGAUAAAAAUAAUAAAAUAGACAACAAGAAGGAAGAUACAGACAAUGCAGUAACUUCCCAUAGUGGAAACAGGGCCAAAAAGGAUAAAUUCACCAAUGACAACCUAAUAAGUUCCAAAGCUACUAGCAGUGUGAAGGAAUCUCAAAUGAAAAAAUUUUCCGAGGGUUGUAAUUCAUUUAAACAAUAUCUAGAGUUCGUAAAGACGAUAGAUUAUGACAUAAAAUUUGGAAAUGCAUUCGUAAAGUUAGGGAAAAAACUGAGUUCGCAAAAUAAAUGCCAAUUUGAUGUGUACGAAGCAGAGGUUGUGGCAAUGGACAAUAUUAGCAGCUUUUUCUACUCCAACAUUCAAAACUUUGAAAGCUUCUAUAGUUUACUUAAGAGAAAUAUAAACAGCUAUGAUUUUCUGAAAACAAAUAUAUAUAAUCAAAAUUAUGGGGAAAAUCUCGAAAUUGAUGACAGCAAUGUAGAGGAUUUCCUCAAGCACUCUCAGGAUUCCAAUUUGAUUCUUAAGUAUUUUACGAAUACUAUAAAUGUCGCAGAUGAAGAUAGCAAAGACAGUUCAACAAAUUCAAAAAACUCACCUUCCAGGAAAAGAAGCUUUUCGUCUUAUAUUAAUCUGCCACAGGGGGGCACCUCCAAACAGAUUUCUAACGAUCAGUCAAAUCCCGUCCAAGCAGAAAUGCCGAAAAAGGCGCACAUCAACAAUGUGGGCAGUACUCAUGAAAAUAUAAGUAGCAUCAAGAACUGCAAAAACGCAGGUAACAACGUGGUGGACAGCACUUCUAACAGCAAUGCUAAUACCAACGACGUAGCCCCGAGCCAUAUAUACACACCCAAGAUAGUUAAGAUUAAUAUGAAUGAGAAUGCGAAAUUCAGCCCUAGUGCUAAUAAAAAUGCAGACUCCAAUGUCAGGCCAGAAGGCUCAAAUUCCACAAAUAGGGACGGUGCCCUCAUUACAGACGGCCAACCGGGCAACGCGGGGCUUGCCCAUUUGACUGCCCUACCAAGAGUCCCAAACCACACACAUUCCAAUACUUUGAGGAACAAAAUGAGUAACAAAGGCUGCUCUACCAUGAAAAAGGAGAGGGAAUCCUUUUCCAUCUGCCGAGAUAACAAUAAUGGCAUUAAUAGUAUCAAUGGUAACAGUCCUAACAGUGGUAGUAACUCCUCUGCAGGGGUUAAACUGGCCAACCUCUCAAGCUCGAACCAGAUGGCCAACUUAAGCCAAAAUGGACACCAAAACUUUCGGCAAAACUGCCCCGAAGACACUCCACACAACGCGCUCUGCAAAAGCCUCAUCGAAGCAAUAAACAGAAUAAAAUUCUUAAAGAUAUCUGGAUAUAAGUCCCUGUACGACCUAUUAAAAGACCAGUGUAGAGUGCUCCUUGUGCAAAAAAUGACCACGGAGGCAAACACAAUGUACAACAUAAUCAAGCACGUAAUUAGAUACGACUACAUCAACGACGCCAUAAAUAAUCCCUUUACAAUUUAUCAACAUUCGACAAAAGACAUACUAGCCGAUAAAUUCGCCAUUAAAAUAUUAAAUACGAGUACAUGUGGCAUAUACAAAUUAAAGUACAAAAUACACAGCCUCCUAUCUGAGGGGAAACAACUCAAGAAUGUCAACAUCGAAAUUGAAAAUUAUGCGAAGAGAAAGUACCAGUCGCAGGAACAUCUAAGAAAAUGUCAUGAGCAAAGUGUGAAAAAUAUUCUUCAAAGUGAAAAAGCCACCCAAUUUGAUAGCCUCUCAACUCUGAAUAUCUCCAGCUCUGAUUUAUCAAGCAGCCAGUACCUAGAAUCGUAUAAAAAAUUCUGUUCCCAAAAAGACACAACCACAAAUAACCAUCUUGAUGUGUGUCGCUCCAAGAAUAAACACCUCGAUUCAGGUCGCUCCUCAAAUGAAAACCUAGAUUUGUACCUUUCAGAUAUUCUCAGCAUCAGAAAUUUAAUGAAUAACACAUUAUCCCCCAAUAAUGAUAUGCACCCGUGCAAUUAUGAGCAGCAACCCAAGUACAACUGCAGCAUGGAAGUUGACAAAACAAGUGAUGUUAAAAACAUCUGUGGAAGUAACGGCCUAAGUAGCACCACCACUAAUACUAAACAGAACAGCAUCAGCAGUAACAACCUCACCAGCGAGCUGAGUCAAAUUCCAAUUGGAGACAUUUCCACCACUUCUCCAAACAACGCUAUUUACCCAUUUAUAUGCAAGUACUGCUUAAACAUUUUCUUCGACAAAGAUAUGGCGUCCCCAAAUGAUGGGAAUAAAAGCACCUUAAACAAAACCCUUUUGAACAUUUACGCUGAAAAAAAUAAUGAAGACAACCAUGUUUGCGACACAAUUACUGCGAAGAAGAAAAAACUGACGGCUCAAUAUGUGGACAUUUCUGGUCAUUCAUGCGUCUCGAAAAGUGGUCCACGUGUGAAGGAAAAUAACCACAUUCUUCAAGUGGAUAGUAACGAAAGAAGCAAAGAAGAAAACGAAGAAAUUGGGAGAACGAAAAACGCCACCAGCAAUAGUGGAAAUGAACUCGGCAGUCGCAGCAUCGAAAAUAGCCGCGGCACCCAUUGCAAUCCUGUCAAUACAGGCAAUCCCGAAAAUCGCAGCAAUCGUAGUAACCGCAACAACAGCCGAAGUAUAUACCUAGACACAAGAAACAAUAUGAAAAGGGAAAGCAUCAGGAGAAAGCGCAAACAAAUCGCCAACAACAGCGAGAAGGAAGGCAAAAAUAAAAAUGUUCGAAAUAAAAGGGUUACGAAAAAGGAGACUAAAUUAAAAACAAAAUAUAAAAUUAUAAACAAAAGAAGAAGAGGAAUUAAUGCAAAAAAAGGAAAAAAAUUUGCCAAUUUUGAGGUCAAAAAUAAACUUACCGAUACAGCGAAUGACAAAAAUAGGCAACAAAAUAAUACCUCUAUCAACACACAAUUAUCGAAAAUUUCUGAACGCGGUUGCAAACCCACAUCUCCAGUAAAGAGAGAAAUGCCCCAAAGUGUAGUCUCUUGUAUUUCCUCCCCCCGUAAGAACUUACGGCAGAAUUACGACCUACAGAACCCUCCACUAAAUAUCCAAGCACCAGACAGUUGUCCAAAUCAUAAUAUGAACAAUCCCAACAAAAUGAAAAUCAAUGUUUGCAAAAGAUGUAAAGAGAAAAAUGCACCACGCGAAAGUCCCAUAGCAAAAGAAAUUUUAAAAAAAAACAAAAAACAUCCAGGUUCUGUACCAAAAUAUCUAUGGUCAUCCGUUGGUAUAACAAAAAAUAGUGAGCACGUCCUAGGAGUAGCUAUGCAAAUGAUUGACGGGUGUACAUUAACUUACAUUAUUCACAAAUUAAAAGGGACGGAAAAUGUUAAACAAGGUCAAUUUUUGCUGGACAUCUGCAAUAAAUUAGUUAAACAUUUAAUGAUUGUAUGCGAAUCUGUUGACAAUCCAAUCAUUAAUUGGGACACAAAACCAGGAAAUAUUAUGAUUGAAUACGAAACGGGGAUGUCAAAAAUCGUUUGUAAAAAUGUUACCAUCAUAGAUGUGGGCGAUGCCUUACCAGGCAGACGUUUCUAUUUUCCAACAAAUCCUGCGUACUAUGAAAAAAUUAAAAUUAAUAAUUCUCAAAAGAACUUUAAUAAUUUCUUAUACUAUGUAAUAUGUACCAAGGGUUUCUGUUCUCCUGAAUGUGCCCUCCUAGUUUUCCUAUUGUCAUCUCUAAAUAAAUCCGAACAGUUUAGAAAGACAUGGUAUGGUCCAGAUUCGAACAUUUUCCACAUUAUCAAAACGAGACAGUUAAGAAUAAAGCACAGGUGGAAGAAGCUCCUAGAUUUGCGUUUUAUUCAGCCCAUUGUCAGGAAGAAAGAUUUUAUGCUUAGUGGUCAGUCCUUUAGUCCAGUGAAUCGAAAAUGUCCAUGCACUAAUGAAGAGGAUGACGCCCCAUCCGUUUCUUACAUGAAGAGAGAUAGUACUUACUGUGGCAGUGUCACCAGCUAUAACCGCAGGAAUAGCAACAGGAAUGGCAACAGGAAUAACAGCAGGAAUAGCUCCAGGAAUAACAACAGGAAUAGUGCCACAAAUAACAGCAGGAAUGGCGCCCGGAAUAACAACAGGAAUAGGGCCAGGAAUAACAACAGGAAUAGCACCUUUUCCAGCACCAGAGGAAACAACACGGGUAGUAAGAUAACGAUCCAGAUGGAGAGAAACACUCCAGUUCCCCACCCGGUAAAUGUCAAGGUGGACCUUCCCCGCAAGCAUCCCAAUAUGACCGAUGCAAGCGGAAAUGGAACCAUUCGAAACAGCAACAACGAUAACUCGCUCAGAGGUAAUCCGAUCAGCAAAUUUCCUAACAGCGUCAUUUCCCAAGACGGCAACUCCUACAACAGCAGGAAGCUGUUCCAGGAAGAACGGGAUAAUAAAAUAAAUGGAAACAAAGGCCACAACAAAAUAAGUAGCAACCCCAUUAGAGAAAACCAGAAGAGUGUACCCCCAGGAUGCAAACCGAUUGGCCUCGUCGCACCAAACGCCAAUUCAGGAGACGCGAAUGCCGACUCGUCGGAAAAACGAGCUACCUCGCGUAGUCAUCAUCCAAAUAGCGAACAGGAAGACAUAUUAAGAGGUCACUACUUACUGAAGAUAUGCACGCAUGACAUGAAGGAUGAUGGUGCGCUAGAACAUUACUCAGAUAACGAAGAAAUAAAAGAGUUUCUAAUUAAAAAAGAUGAGAAAAUAAAAGAAAUGGAAAUUAAAUUAAGUGAAUCGGAAAAGAAGAAAAGAAAAAAAAGAGAAAAUGAAUAUUUUAAAAUGCAAAAUAUUGACUCAUGGGUUGUCAAGUUCACAACAGAAACCACAGUCUUCAGCGUCGGGCUAGUAUUAUGCCAAUUAUUCGGUGGAAACAAUUUAUUAAGCGUCGUGAACAAAGACGAAGUAAAGGUAGUCGAUGUGUUGUGUGAAUGGAAUUGUAAGAACAGUACGAACAUUUAUUCUGGAGAAAAAAAUGUCACCAUUAAUGAUUUAUUGCCGAGUAGAGGAAUUUUUGCUGAUGUCUUAUGGAAAAGGAAAAUUAAAAAAAUAAUAAAAAAAUGUUUGCAAUUUGUACCAUCCAGAAGAUGCUCAUUUAAGGAAUUGUACGAGGACGUAAAAAAUUUAAAAAGAGAAUUUGAAGCUUACUACAAUUUAAAAGAUGACUCCACAUGUGAUCAAUAG